CAGGAAGCCACGAGUCUCAUAACAUCCGGGCCCGGGCGCUCUAAAGGCGGAGAGGCGCCGCGGAAGGUUGCUAUGGAGAUGGGCUGCUACAAUCGCUCCAAAGGAUUCAUUUCAACCCGGAGGACUGCCCGGGAUUUUGAUCCAGCCCAUAUUUUCCCUUCUCUUUCAGGCUUUAAUUGAGUGUACAUAAAAAGCCGCAUCCUUUGGCCGCCUCGUCAUCCGCUGAAGAAAAAGACUGCCUUUGACGAAAAAAGAAAGAUAUGGAGAAUGACCGGGAUAAGAAAAGUACUUUAGCUUCAACUUCAGACACAGAAAUGAAACCUCAACAACUGCCUACUUGUGUGAACCCUGGCAAUCCUGUGUUUUCAUGUAUGUUGGAUCCAAAAACACUCCUUACAGCUACCUCACUAUCAGAGCCCAAGAUGAUUAUGUAUAAAACCAAUUCAAGUACGUAUGGUGAAUGUCUACCUACGCCAGAGUUUUUCCCCUGCAUUUAUACUCCAAAAGAGCAAGAAUUUUCAAGGCAUAUCAGAGCUACAGGAUUUUAUCAAAAUAACACUCUAAAUACUGCACCUGACAAAACCAGAACCUAUAAUUUUCAACAUCCUCUAUGAAAAUAUAUUCCUUUGUACGUUUAACAGAAAAUAUACUCAUGAAAAAAAUGAGUUUUAAGUCUAAGGCUAGAAUACCUAAUUGGGAAUAUGGAAAGAUUUUAAUUUUAAAAAAUAUUUUUAAGAAAUAAAGUAUUUCAACUGAUAA